GGAGGUCAGAAUGGUAACCAGAGGAUUUAUUCAUCUCUCCAUAACCAGUACUAAGAAGUAUGCCCAGAACAUAGUAGGUGUUCAGGGAAAACAUGUUGAAGGUUUACAUGUGACACUUUAAUGCCAAAGCACGGGGGUGGUAGUGAGAAUCCUGAAUGGACAAAUUAAGCUUCCUCCUACCCAAGCAAAGUGGAGGGCUUGGGAGAGAAUUAAAUAGGGUUGCUCAUUUGUCACAAAACAAAUAGGGAUUGUGACCUUACACACCCAUGGGGUGUACCCCAGUUCAUUCUGCUGCCCAGGGUUGAAGCCUGAGCUUCAUGAGUGACCUCACAAUGUCCAGGGUGGUGCCCGGCCCACUGCCACAGUCCCAGUCCACCAUGAUGACCACCCCAUGGCUGCUGCUCAGCUUUGCUGUCCCACUGCUGGGUUUCUAUGUUCCUAUCAGCUGUCCUCAUAGCAAGCGAUGCCAACGAGCCCUACUUUCCAACAAUGAUGUCUCUCUGUACUGCAACGCCUCUGGUGCACAGUGGUACUACUACUUCCUACAAGAUGGGACCAACUGGUCCAUCCACCCGCUCAGCGUUUCAAACAUAGAAGCAAUGUCUGAAGGCAGCAUUCUCAUUAGAAGUCCAUUGCCAUCCCAGACGGGUUUAUACAGCUGUCGGGACAAGAAAGACAUCCAAGUGGUGCAGUAUGAGAUUGACUUCCAGGACAUUAGCACCCUGCACAUUACACAUAGAGACCUGGGCCAGAAGCCUUUGCAGAAUGAGACCCUGAGUCUGGGCAGCAAGGAGAUCAUCUUCACCCACUGGGAGCCCUGGCAAGACUGUAACCGCUGUGGCGAGCCCGGUGAGCGCAAACGCCUGGGGUAUUGCUACAUCCAGGAGCCUCUGGGGAACUGCGUCCCCUGCUUGCUCUACCUGGGAAAUGCUAGGCUGUGGUCCAGCCGCAUGCGACCUGAGAUGCAGAUAGAAGCCUGCCAUGUCCAGUGUGAAACAUCAAAUACGAAGAACAUUGCCUUUGAAAUUGCUUUUGACAACUUCGAGCUCAGUGAGGAGUCAGGAUCUGCAUGGCUCACCUGCUUCUUAGGAUCCAUCUAUAGGCCCAUCAUCUGGGAAGCCGACAGCAAGUCCCUGACCUGGCAGGGCCAGCUCUCCGGCCAGGACCUGAGCACCGUCCUGGACCCCGCUACUGGGGGCAGGCGGCUGCAGGUCUUCCGGCCAGCCAUUUACCAGUGCUUCGUGCACCAGAAGCUCGUGGCUCGAUUCAACCCCAGGCCCCAUGUGGGUACGAUGGAGGUUCUGCAGAGAGAGAAAGCUAGACAACAGCGAGAGGCAGGAGAGGCCUGGAAGGGGAAGGCCAGCAACUCCCGCCUCAAGGGCCUGAAGCUGCUGCUGGUGGGCACCAUGCUGGGCCUGCUCGGGAUGCUGCUCAAGCUCUUCUGCCCGUCACGGAGUAAAAGAAGAAAACAGGUGCUUCUGGUGAAAUAAAGUGAGCCUGCAGUCCUCAGGAGACCUGGCCUCCUGAGCCUUCGUCACCUCAACUGUCCUUUCCCCAGCCUCUGCCCUGUGCCUGCCCCACACCACACUCCGAAGGCAUAAGGGCCAAAUACCCGUGGCCACAGCUAAGAGUGACUGCACUCUUCCCUGCUCCAGGUUCUGCUGUUAACUCAUUAGCAAUCCCCAUUCCACAGAUGAGAAACUGAGACAAGAAGGCUACCUGGCUAGUCAUUGGAAGAGGGGGGCGGGGGGCUCCGGUUCAAACCCAGGUUGCCUGGCUCAAGCCCUGUAUUCCUCACAAGGGAAAAAGGAGGGGUGGAACGAGGCCAUCGGGGGAGGAAUGCCUGGGGUUGGUAAACUGUAACCGCCUCACUCACUGCACUCUCCUAAGGACAAGGACUAAGACAGGGAGGGGAGUGGGUAACCUCAGUCCCCCCAGAUCUGACCUGGUCCGCUGCCUUUCCUUGCCUGCCCCUUGCCCCACCCUGCCCCAACUGUGCCUAUGGCCUUUCAGCUUCCCUAUAUCUCUCCAAGUCAGAAGGUGCUGCCACAGGGGUGGCCUGGGACAGUGGGACACACACCACCUUUCCUGUCUUGCAGUGGAGAGAGCCCCUUCAGACCCCAAAUGUAGACAGGUCCCUCCACCAGGGACCUGUGGGUCCAGGCAGCCCACAGAAAUCACUGGGACUAACUAUUCCAGAAAUUAUAUACACUGUUUGGC